GCCCCAGGAGGCGGGCCUGCUAGAGGGUCCUCAGACCGCAGGGCCCGUGGGUCUACAGACGCUGCUAGACCUGCUGGUGGGAGUGUAUCAGGAGUUCUGCUGCUCACACCUGGCCAGAGAGAAGUACAUCUCAGGCUUCCUUCAAUGGGCUGACCCCCUGGUGAGGCAGGUGAAGAAAACUCGCAUUAAAAGGGAUGACUUCCAGAUACUGAAGGUGAUUGGUCGAGGGACCUUCAGUGAGGUUGCCGUGGCGAAGAUGCGUAACACGCAACAGGUUUAUGCCCUUAAAAUCAUGAACAAGUGGGACAUGCUGAAACGAGGAGAGACAGCAUGUUACCAGGAGGAAAGAGAGGUUCUAUUGAAGGGUGACCGACGCUGGAUUACUGAGCUCCACUACGCUUUCCAGGAUGACAACUAUCUGUACCUGGUGAUGGACUACUAUGUGGGGGGGGACCUGCUGACCCUGCUGAGCAAGUUUGGGGACUGUCUCCCUGAGGACAUGGCCCAGUUUUACCUGGCUGAGAUGAUCCUGGCCAUAGACUCGGUCCACAGACUGGGUUAUGUGCAUCGAGAUAUUAAGCCUGACAACAUCCUGCUGACCGCCACCGGCCACAUCCGGCUGGGAGACUUUGGCUCCUGCCUCAGGGUCCAGGAGGAUGGCAUGGUGCACUCCUCCUUGGCGGUGGGGACCCCUGACUACUUGUCCCCAGAGAUCCUGCGAGCCGUGGAGGGCGGCGGGGUCUACGGGCAGGAGUGUGACUGGUGGGCGCUGGGCGUCUGUGCCUACGAGAUGCUGCUAGGCAUCACGCCCUUCUACACAGAGUCCAUCUCCCAGACGUACGCAAAGAUCGUGCACUUCCAGGAGUAUUUUGAGUUCCCAGCAUCUGGUCCUGAGGUGUCAGAAGUGGCACGUUCCUUCAUCUCAGGGCUGAUCUGUGAGCGGGAGGCUCGUCUGGGGCGACAGGGCCCAGGAGACUUCUGGGAUCAUCCCUUCUUCAGAGGGCUGGACUGGGGCUCCCUGCACCAGCUGCCCGCUCCCUUCCAGCCUGAGGUGUCCAAUCCCACAGACACCUCCAAUUUUGAUGUGCUGGAUGACUGUUUGAGGGAAAUGGAGACCCUGUCUGAUGUGAUGGACAGGGCCCCUGUUGGAGUUCACUUGGCUUUUGUUGGAUAUUCCUACACAGCCACAAGGCAGACAGGGGCCUUGGAUCGCAGUUGUGACAUCAUGAUUGAAUUUGAUAACCAACGUUUCAGAGAAUGUGAAAGUCUUCAUCUUCAAGAGAAGCAGACUCAGGUGUGGCAGGUCAGAGAGGCAGAAGACUCGCCUGGUUCUCUGGAGAAGAGCUCUGCAGCGUGCACUCACAGCACAGCUCAGGACCACAUUACGAGACUUGAUGAGGAUUUGCACAGACGGCUACAGGAGGCAGAGAGGAGGAACGGAGAUCUGGAGGGGGAACUGGCGAGGCUGAGAGGAGAUCUGGAGGGUGAACUGGCGAGGCUGAGAGGGGAGAUCCAGGGUUUGAGGAGCUGCAGGGACACAGAGCUGUGCGUCUGCUCAUCACCUCUGUGUCUGCCUGCCCACUGUGUGGACCUCGCGGGGCAUAUGAAGACAGUGCCCCCCUCCUGUCAUUACCCGCUGGUGAUCCCACUACAUCGCCACUUGUUGCUGUUUCACAGGGUGCGUUGGCCACAAGCGAGAUGUGAGUCAUACCUGCUGGUGUGUGCGGAGGGGGGUGAUCUGCUAGCUUGGGGGAGAAAGUGUUGUAAAGAGCUUUCAUGACGGCCCUGCUCACCUACAGCGAGCGGGAGCAUCUCUUCCCCUCGCCUGUCUCCCCGCCUUACAGACACAACAGGAUGGAACCAGGUGGACUCCACCUCGGUACAGGAGGCAAACCACAGGGUCUUCCUGGUUGACAAAACAGGGGAAUAAGAUUUCAGAUUUGCUGUCACUUAAUGGAGUUGUAAUUCGAACUUGGUAUUCAUGGAAUGGACACAGAAGUUCUAGACUGACGAAAUGAAGAAAUUAAAUGGAAUUUCAGAAAUGAAGGACAUUCUCGAAUGGAUCAACAAAGGAAAUACCCAAGUGAGGUUAAGAUGGUUUACGUAAAGUGAGGCAUGGAAACAACAAGGACAUCAAUGAGACAGAAGACACUGGUUGGAACAUAGGUUAGGGUUAGGGACCCUUGUUGGAGCAGCAAACGUAGGGGACACUAAGACACACUGCUGUCUGCUCAGACCUCGUUGGUGAAUUUGAAGGACCAGUUACACUGUGUGUGUUUUUAUUACAUAUGCAUAUACAUGUAUCUAUGCAUCCAGGUGUGGGUUGUGUUGAGUGUGAGGUAUUCAUUGCACUAGGGCAGGUUGUGCCUCUACAGAAUACUCCAUCACAGUAUGUAUGUAGUAUGUUGGCAGCAAAACCGUGGAGGAAUAUAUAGGGCUCCAUAAGUAAUGUGCACUGUUGAUCUUUGUCCAGAGCUUCACAACUUCAUGCAUUGUUUGAGGGAAAUAAGGCUCAAUGAGAAAAUGUAUUUAUGCGGAUUAUGGGUUGAUGUAUUUCGAUGGUUAGAACUGAAAUAGUAGCAUUGUUUUAGGCUCAAAUCCCGAAUACACAGUGCAUAAAGUAUUCAUACCCCUUAAAUGUUUUGCCAUUUUGAUAGAGCCAUUAUAGGGUAUUGUGUGAGAUUCAAAAGGACAAUUUAAAAAAUAUGCCGUUAUAGACCAAGGUUGUGGCGGGUCUGAAUACUUUACGAAUAGCACAUACGAUUUUCCACCUUUAGACUUUUCUGUUAUAUGCAAGGCCAUGUCUGUUAUAUGCAAGGCCAUGUCUGUUAUAUGCAAGGUCAUGUCUGUUAUAUGCAAGGCCAUGUCUGCACCUUGAUGUUUUAAGCCGACCGUAAGCAUCUUACACAGUGAAGAGGAAGCUGUAUGAGUGAUGUUAAGUAGGUGUGAGGAAAAUACUGGAACUCCUGAGAGAACGCAUGUUGGGUUAGGCACAAUAUAGCUGCAAGGCACUGGUGUUGCAAAGUGGUGUUGAGCAAAAUAAAUUCACCCACAGCUACUUUUAAGGUUGAUAUAUUUAUAUAUUGAAUUUGUAUUUAAAAGCAAUGAAAUUAUACUUAAACAUAAACCUUUAUUUCACCCAUCAAAUUAUUGGAGUAUUAAUUCAUAAAAUAUUUAUUAG